CACAUCACACCAACCGCAACCCAACCUCACAUCUCUCAAAACCCAACCAAUCCAUUCACAUCAUCAACAGAAAUGGCAGCCAUCGCAUUUCCAUCCCGAAACCCUCAGGCUCCUAAGGAAGCAGCCUUCCGACAAGAUCUGAACGUUCGUCUCAUCUGCCCUGAUUGCAAAUGCGCGAGACUCGUCGAAGAGUUCUCGUCAGGCGAUCUUGUCUGUGGUAGCUGUGGCUUAGUCGUUGGCGAUCGUAUCGUCGAUACUCGCUCUGAAUGGAGAACAUUCGCAGGCGAUGAAGGUGACGACCCGUCUCGUGUUGGAGGACCGAGCAACCCACUUUUGAACGGGGUGGAGACAUUCGAAACCAUCAUCUCCUUUAAGGAUGGCAACACCGGCGUGGCACGUGAUCUCAACCGUGCGGCUACCCGAGCUGCCGUUAAGAAUGGUGAAAAAAGCGUAGCAGCCGCCUUCCUUUCGAUUCAAGACAUGUGUGACACCAUCAGUCUCCCUCGAACAGUGACAGAUAUUGCAAAGCAAUUGUACAGAAGGGCUGAUGAAGAGAAAUUGCUCAGGGGUAAACAAGUCGAUGCUAUCAUUGCCGCCUGCAUCUUUAUCGCUUGUCGGCAGUCGAAGGUCGGACGGUCGUUCAAAGAGAUUGUCGCGCUUACUCGAGUGCCCAAGAAGCAAAUUGGCCAAUGUUUCAAGGCUCUCUCUGCUGCCUUCGAGACAUCCGCGGUCGGCGGUGGUGGUGCUUUGAACACAACUACAGGCGAAACCAGUGGUGCUGGCGCUGAAGAUCUGAUGGCCCGUUUCUGCAGUCAUCUUGGACUUCCGUUCUUCGUUCAAAGCGGGGCCAAGAGAAUCGCCAUCCUUCAGCGAGACAUGGGUAUCCUUGCCGGUCGAAGUCCUAUCAGUGUAGCUAGCGCUUGUAUCUACUUUGCCAGUCAUCUUUAUAACAACCCCAAGAGUGCGAAGGACAUCGCUGGUGUCGCCGGCGUCAGCGAGGUCACGAUCAAAAUCGCUUACAAGCUUCUGUACCCCAAGCGAGAGGAGAUUGCCAAGGCUGAAGCAGCGACCAACGAAAACGCAUCAAUCGAUCGUUUACCCAACCCUUGAGUGGAUGGUGUAUUCAUUGUCAGAGGCGACGGUUUAUGUGUGCCAAUCGUUUGAUGGAAUAUCUACACAUCCCUCAAUUCAUCCUUCCUACAGGUUGGUUCACACGUGGACAUUUUUCCUUUCCUAUUUGGUCAUCAACAGCUCUUCGCAGAUUCUUCCCAUUGUUCAAUCCCUUGUAUCUAGAUAGCUUACUAAGCCACUGCUUCAAUGAAAUUUCAUGUUUCUCAAUCAUCCAAUUAUUUCAAAGUGUUGCUCUGAG